AUGAAGCUCUAUAGCCUCAGUGUCCAUUAUAAAGGAGCUACCAAAGCCAACCUUCUGAAAGCGGCCUACGACCUCUCUUCUUACAACUUCUUUCAAAAGUCCAGCGUCCAGGAAUUCAUGACCUUCACCAGUGCCUUGAUUGUUGAGCGGACAACAGUUGGAAGUCGUGCCUCUGUAAAAGAACAAGAGUACCUUUGUCAUGUGUAUGUGAGGAAUGACAACCUGGGUGCGGUGGUCAUAGCAGAUGCUGAAUACCCACAGAGAGUGUGCUUCACACUUCUCGACAAGGUUUUAGAAGAGUUUUCCAGGCAGGUGGACAGUAUAGACUGGCCCUCCGGUAACCCCGACACAGUUAACUACAAAGCGCUAGACAUUCACCUUGCCAAAUAUCAGAACCCCAAGGAGGCAGAUGCAAUGACCAAAGUACAGGCAGAGCUGGACGACACCAAGAUCAUUUUGCACAAGACCAUGGAAAGUCUGUUGGAGAGAGGAGAGAAACUGGAUGACCUCGUGGCCAAGUCAGAACACUUGGGGAGUCAGUCCAAAGCAUUUUAUAAAACCGCGAGGAAACAGAACUCUUGCUGCGAGGUCAUGUGA